GAAAGACUCGUGCAGGAGAGAGGAGAUCCCGAGGGAAAGAGGGAAACUGUACAGAGAUCUUCACACUGAAACCUUCUAUUGGAAUCUGAUCUAAAUUAUUAACUGUCCAUAUGAGUAUCACAAUAUCCAGAUUUGAUAUCCGACUGGAGCAAAGAGCUUUACAGUCGGCUGUUGUUCUCCAGCACCAGUGGGGUCCACGGGGUCCCUUGGCCUGGUCUUGUUUCAUGCUUCCCUUGGGAAUUAUUUUCAUCAUUUUAAAUAUGGUAUUUCCUACCAUAUAUUUGCCUUUAAGACCUAACUGUAAUGUUUCUUGUGCAACACCCCAUAGGUUCCUGUUUGAUAUUGAUUGUUUGUUUUUUUUAUGAUUCCUGUAUUGGGAUGUACAGCACUUUGGAGUUAAUGUAGCCAAGACAAACAACAAUAAGCAGUGGUAUAACUCCAGUAUUACAAUAGUAACAUAAAUCUGUAGAGUAUCGGGUCAAUGUGCUCAAUAUAGCAGAAUCAAAUCAAAUCCUUUUAUUGUCACACAACCAUUAACACAAGUGCAACAGUGGGUGAAAUCCUUGGGUGCGGUUCUGAGCAACAGCAGUCAUGACACAAUGGGACGUGUAACAAUUUACAGCAAACAUCAGAUUCACACAAUUUACAUAAUUUACAGGUCUAAUGUGAACACAAUUACUCACAGACACAGAACCAUCUAACAAAAUAAUAAAUAAUACACAAUAUAGGUAUUUAUACAUACAAUAGAUACACAUACGAUACAAAUAUAUGUAUGUAAUAUACAUAUUUUGUGCUGUUGACAAUUAGAUCAGUUUGUUUAUGAUUAUUAACCUAAACAAUAUUUAACUAUAUGUAAUAUAUAGUGUUUGAAAGGAGUAACAGUUUUAUAAAUUCCAUUUUUGUAACUAUUUUAACUCUCUCCCACAAAUAUUUAAAUAGUUUCAUUUCUUCUGUCAAAUACUUGUGCAUAAUAAUUCCCGCCAGAAAGGGGGUUGGGCUUUGGAGGGAAGUUCAGUGAUUGGUUAAAAUGUUAACAGACUCUAAGCCAAUGAGCGACUCGUGCUCUCUAUAAAGCCAGGAUGUGGGAAAGCUGUUCUCCAUUCUAGUUUUUUCCACUGUGUGACUUUAGAAACGAAUCCAUAAAAUGAGCGGCAGAGGCAAAACCGGCGGCAAGGCCCGAGCAAAGGCCAAGACUCGCUCUUCCAGGGCAGGACUGCAGUUCCCCGUCGGCCGUGUCCACAGGCUCCUCCGUAAAGGCAACUACGCCGAGCGCGUCGGUGCCGGAGCUCCUGUGUAUCUGGCGGCUGUGCUCGAGUAUCUGACCGCUGAGAUCCUGGAGCUGGCUGGAAACGCCGCUCGGGACAACAAGAAGACCCGCAUCAUCCCCCGGCAUCUGCAGCUGGCGGUGCGCAAUGAUGAGGAGCUGAACAAGCUUCUGGGCGGAGUGACCAUCGCUCAGGGCGGCGUGUUGCCCAACAUCCAGGCCGUGCUGCUGCCCAAGAAGACCGAGAAGCCCGCCAAGGCCAAAUAAUGCUCCGGUCCCUCACUGACAACCAACGGCUCUUUUCAGAGCCACUCAUUCCAUCUGAUAGAGAGCGUUUUUCUUAAUAUUUUCUAACACAAUGCUUAUUUUAAGUAGAAGUAAAAAUCAUAUCAUAAUUUAGUAAUAUAAUCAUACUAGACACAAGUUAUUCAUGCUUGUGUUGUAAACAAGAUGAUCUUCCAAUGUUUGCAGAGGUUGAAAUGUUACUGCCCCAAAUCCAU